AUGAUCCAUGUUCCUCUUUUUUGUUUUUAUUUGACUGCUGGACUCCCAGUGUCAUCUUCUCUUAGGAUUCUGGACAAGCGUACGGGCUGCAAACAACAGGGUCUUGAGCACUGCAACAUUAAUAACUGCUCAGACCAACGCAUGGUCGUACCUAGAGAACGUGCGCCUAUUGGCCCAGAAUGGGAUUCUGAGCAUGUGGGAGUCUGGAUAGACGAACAUGGGCCGGUUUCAGUUGUGAAUGUGACAUGGAAAAUAAAAACAGAUGGAAGUGCUAUAACCCUUCGUGGAUCAGAGAUAAAUAUUGUGGAUGAAAUUACAAAUCAAAGCAUGUGUGUGCAGUUUUCUUACAACCUCAGCCAACAGCAUAAUCCACAGUAUACGAAGUGGACCUUUUCCUUGGACGGAGUCAUCGUAGAACCUGGACAUACAUACAUGGUGUCUGUUUUUAAUCUGCCAGAACCUGAGAUUGGACACUACAGGAUUAGAAAGAAAAUUACCAUCCCGGGAUGUGGUGACAAGAGAAUCCAAAACGCCAAAAUCUGCCUGGAAAAUGGAAGUCUAUGGGAUCCUAAUGUGACCGCUGAUGUGUCUCUUAAUAAGGAAUGCAAAAUGUUUUUGCUUGUUGUGGGUUUUGAGGCGGCUCAGUAUUCAGAGAGAUACCAAGUCUCCAUCCAGAGUCAUGGUUUGCAUUUAUCAAAGAAUGUCUCAAAGGAAAACAGAACAUCGCUGAGUGUGUCCUUUGAGUUUGGUCGGUGGCAGCUUUCACAUUGUGAAAUGUUGUUGAUGAUAAAGCCGUUUUUUGUUCGAUGCAAGAAUGACUGUUUGCACACCGAGAAAAUAAUUUAUUUCUGUCCAUAUUAUACACCACGAACUUUAAUUAUAAAGGCAACGUUGGGGCUGCUUGUCAUUGGUGGUUGUUUUGUUUAUUUGCUGUGGAGAGCCUCUCAGAAAGAUCCUGUGAACACAUCUUCAACUGCUGCCAAACAGCAACCAGAAGGUUUCAAAGUGCAGGACAGAAAAAGAGUCCUAAUCAUUUACUCCCUCGACCACCCUUUAUACACAAACAUUGUCCUCAAGCUCUGUGUUUUCCUGGCGUCCAAAUGUGGUACUGAAGUAUACCUGGAUCUGCUGGACUCUACAAGACUGGGAGUGUUGGGAAGCCUCCAGUGGUUGGACUGGCACAGAGAACAAAUAGAAAGCUCUUCAGAUAAGAUUCUGAUCCUGUGCUCACGAGGAGUACAAGCCAAAUGGAGAGCCAUGUGUGGCGACGAACAGGUUCUACUGAGAGAGGACACCCGCUCUCCUGUGGGUGACAUGCUCAGUCCAGCCCUCAGCCUCAUGAUCCCCCAUUUUAUCCGAUCUGCGUCGUUUGAAAAAUACAUAGUGGCUUACUUUGAUGAUGUCUGCUCUGAAAAAGAUGUCCCUUCACCGUUCAACAUUACAGUGCGGUACAAGCUGAUGAAACAGUUUGACGAGCUCUUUUUCAGAAUCCUGGACACUGAGAAGCACGAGCCCGGCAGAGUGAAUCACAUCGAGGGGCUUUUAGAGGACGAGUACUACCACUGUCCCUCAGGUAGAGCCCUGCGGGACGCCAUAGAGGCUUUUCAUGCAUACCAGCUGGAGCGUCCACAGUGGUUUGAAGAUGAAUUACUGGGAAGCUCAAAGGCCUCAGAUGGGAUACACGACGAUGCGAAAAGUGAUUUCAGUGAUUUAACUGGAAACAAAACAGGACUUAACAAUGCUGAAGGUUUUCAAAUGUGCACCUCAGUUGAGUUCAACCCUCUUAUUGCUGAGAACAUACAGCCAGAUUGA